AUGAGUGAUUGUUUUGAAAAUGUGAUUGUUCUGGAAAAUGAAUACAUUUUGGAUAGUGGAGGUCAUGGACAAGAUCCUGCGCAUUUCGAUUGCCUUCAAACUAUUCUGGAUAGAAAAUGGGAUCAUGCCAUUAUUCUGCAGAACUUUGAUUUGGUCAUCAAAACUCCUUAUCAACUUUCGGACCUCAGUGAGCUUCUCAACUACACCAAUAUUAUGGGAUUUGAAUUUGGAUUGAGCUCUAGAUACAACACAAAAGCAGAUUGGACACCAGCUGGAAUGAAACUUUUCAAAAAUGAAACCGGUGUUCCUGAUAAGAUUCUUCAUACAAGGAUGAGAGUUCGGAAGAGCAUGAACCAAGUAAUCAUUUCCAAAGUAUUCGUGAAAUCGAUUUUCGAGAAACUCAAUAUGCACAAAAUCAUUAAAUUGUUCGAUGAUAACGACAACUACGGAGUUGAUGAGAUGCUCGUUCAGACACUUUAUGAAAAUUAUUUGGGAUUGGAUGGCCAAAUGGAAUCUAACUGUACACAGAAUCAUAAUGAUAUUCUCACAAGACUGACACAUUGGGACUUCACCGGACCAAAUGGAUUUGAUAAGGAGUGUCAUUCAAAAUGGAAAAGACAUGGAGUCUGUAUACUGGGUGUAGAGUAUCUGAACGAGCUAUUUAAAAGUCAGAUGGUAACAGCAAACAAGAUGUUGACAACUUUUGAUUUCGGAACAAUUGCUUGUAUGCGGGAGAUGAUAAAAAUGAAUGUUACUGGUGAAACACUCGAUACCGUCUGGUUGACUUCAUUUCCUCAGUUCCGAGAAAUGCAAAUGAAGACAAAUGGAACGUACGAUAGAAACACAUUUGACUCACCUCAUGCUACUCAAUGGCAGUGGAAUCAGUUCGGGCUUAUUGCUCGCAGGAUCGAACUCAGUCAUCAAUAUUACCUCAACAAAGCCUACUCUGAUAUGGUCGAACUUGUCAACGCACCAGAGACGUCAUCGAGUCAAAAAAGAGUGAACGAGGAUCCAGAGUGCCCCCCGAAAAAGAGACUUCGCCAGGAAAAGGACAACAACGAGGUUUAUUCCAAGAAAGCCGACAAGAAAGUUAGCAACGAAGACUACAUCUUCAAGCUUCAAGAAACCAUCUAUCAAAUGUCUCUGGCUCAGCAAAAACUUGGCCGCGAGUUGAAUAUUUGUCAGAACACUAACGUGGAGAUCAACAACGAGUUGGACAUUAUCCAGAAGCAGCUCAUAGCCGAGAUGGAGGAUCGAAUGGAGGCAAAAGAAGGAUCUCUCGAGGCAGCGAUUAUCGAGCUUGGGGUACAGCUGGACAAGUUGAACUCUUGA